AUGUAUGCUGUUGAUACUAGUGUUGCGGUUGACUGUUACCUGUGUGUACUGCCUGACCCGGGCAUUGAGGCCGCUCCUCUAGGUGCUGGUGAGGCUGCUGCUCUAGGUGCUAGUGCGUCUGCUGCCCCAGGUGCUGGUGAGUCUGCUCUCUCAGGUCUCUACCUCCCCUCGUUCUCUACGAACUUGGUGAGUGGAGCGGACCUACAGGAUAGGGGGGUUGACCAACUCUCCUUUGGCACCACUGCCUUGGUCACCCCUCCUUGCCUCGUCUCCGAGGCAUGGCCUCCCGUGUCUUUGUCACUGGUCUCCCUCGGUCUCUCCCUCCCCUACCUCCGGGGCUGGCCCUACCUGCCCCGCCUCAGUGGGCAGGGGCAAGAGCGGUACUUUCUGCUGGUCGUUGACGACUACUCGCGUUACACCACAGUCUUCCCCUUGCGCAGCAAGGGUGACGUCACUGAGGUGAUCGACUUGAUCCGCGCAGCUCGUCUCCAGCUCAGAGAGAGUUUCGGCUCGGACUUUCCUGUUCCGCGUCUACACUCUGACAGAGGCGGGGAGUUUUCCUCUGCCCGUCUGGGAGCCUUCUGUCGUGCACAGGGGAUCCGCCAGACGUUCAUGCUUCCGACCUCUCCACAGCAAAAUGGGAUUGCUGAGCGCCGCAUUGGCAUGGUCAUGGACGUCGCUCGUAUGUCCAUGAUGCAUGCGGCUGCCCCCCAUUUUCUGUGGCCGUUUGCGGUUCAGUACGCCGCGCAUCAGCUCAACCUUCAGCCCCGCGUCUCCUUGCCAGAGACCUCCCCCGCCAUGCGGUGGACCGGCUGUCCCCGCGUGCUGUUCCCUGACGCGCCUGGGUGGCAGUUUUACCACCCCACCUCGCGCCGUGUUCUGUCCUCCCAGGACGUCACCUUUGACGAGUCGGUGCCUUACUACCGUCUCUUCCCCUACCGCACUGCGCCCCUCCCCCCGCCGCCGCUCUUCUUUGUGCCAGGUCCUCCCCUGGUAGACCCCCUUCCCCGUCAGCCUGGGGGUGCUGAGUGUGGGGGUGCUGAGCCUGGGGGUGCUGAGUUUGGGGGUGCUAAGCCUAGGGGUGCGGAGCCUGGGGGCGCUGGGUCUGCUCGUGUGGCCGCCGGCGGUGCUUCGUCGAUGCGGGAGCCACUCUCUCCACAGGAGAUGCGCGAGUGUUUUGCUCGCCGCUGGAGACGUGCUGCUGUGACUAGGGGUGCUAUUGGGGCUACUGGAGUUGGUCCUGCUAGAGCUGCUGGCGGUGGUGGUGCUGCUGGAGCUGGAGCUGCUGGGGGUGUUGGCGCUGGUGUUUCUACUGGCGCUGGUGCGUCUAGGGGUGCUACUGAGGCUGCUGGAGCUGACGGUCCUACUGGAGUUGGUGCUACUGGAGCUGGAGCAACUGGGGGUGUUGGCGCUGGCGGUGCUGCUGGCGCUAGUGCUUCUGAGGGUACUGGUGUUGGCGCAAUUGGAGCUGGAGGUUCUGCUGGCGCUCGUGCUGCCGCUGGGGGUACCGCGUCGUGA